CUCAGUUUCCCCAACAAAUAUUGCUCUUUUCAUUUUUCUUUUCUUAUCUCUAAAUUUAAGUUUGUUUUGCUGGAAAUUUUCUUCUUGCAUCGAUUAAUCCAAGUAAUUGAAAUAAAUGGCUCUUCAUAGUGCUGCCGUGAGCUUCUGCUGUGUCUCUUUCAACCCUCAAGCUUCUCUCUUCAGGCAAUGCAGCAUCAAACCAUCAAGAUUAUCUUCCCCAUCGCUUCUAAGAUUCAGAAUUCAAGGGAAAGCAGUAGAAAGUGGUAAUGGCCCAUUUGAAGUAGAUGAUUCAUCUCUUGUGGUUUGCUUCGGGGAAAUGCUUAUCGAUUUUGUGCCAACCACAAGUGGACUUGCUUUGGCUGAAGCACCGGCGUUUAAGAAAGCUCCCGGAGGUGCACCUGCUAAUGUGGCUGUUGGCAUUGCUCGACUUGGCGGUGCAUCAGCAUUCAUAGGGAAGGUGGGAGAGGAUGAAUUUGGCUACAUGCUUGCAAAUAUUCUUAAGGAGAAUAAUGUGAAUAACGAAGGAAUGAGGUUUGAUCCCGGUGCUCGAACUGCACUAGCUUUUGUAACUCUCAGGAAAGAUGGGGAACGCGAGUUCAUGUUUUAUCGCAAUCCCAGUGCGGAUAUGUUGCUCCAGGAGGCCGAACUUGACUUUGAGUUAAUAAGAAAGGCCAAAAUUUUCCACUACGGCUCUAUAAGCUUGAUUACAGAACCUUGCAAAUCUGCCCACAUAGCUGCUGCGAAGGCUGCAAAGGAGGCUGGUGUGAUCUUGUCGUAUGAUCCUAAUUUGAGGCUUCCAUUGUGGCCAUCUGCAGAAAGUGCCAGAGAAGGCAUUCUUAGCAUAUGGGAUACAGCAGAAAUUAUUAAGAUCAGCGAGGAGGAGAUAAGCUUUCUGACUCAAGGAGAAGACCCAUAUGACGAUAAUGUAGUUCGGAAACUGUACCAUGAAAAUCUCAAGUUACUCCUUGUAACUGAAGGUCCAGAAGGCUGCCGAUACUAUACCAAGGAGUUUAGUGGAAGGGUGAAGGGUCUGAAGGCGGAAGCUGUUGAUACAACAGGUGCCGGGGAUGCUUUUGUGGCCGGAAUCCUUUCACAGUUAGCUCUUGACACCUCGUUGCUUCAGAAUGAGGAUCGACUGAGAGAUGCACUGAGAUUCGCUAAUGCUUGUGGAGCCUUGACCGUGAUGGAAAGAGGCGCUAUUCCUGCUCUGCCCACCAGAGAGACAGUGCUCAAAAUCAUAAAACAGACACAUGUUUAAGACCAAAAACAGUAGACUUUAGUCAUUUAUAUAUUCUCUGCAACUUUUGACUAUAUUCAUGAGCAAGAAUAGUUUAUAUAAUUAUUAUUACAAGAUUACAUAAAUGGGGA